GCAUCUAAGUCACACGGUCACAGACAGAGGGGACUAGUGUGGAGCAGGACAGUAUCACUGUAUGCUGAUUUUGAAGUGUGGGAUAUGGGAUAUAGGGCUGCUGACCUGGGACACAAAGGCUAAGGACAUGUCACACAAUUAGACCCAGCAGAGGACACAGAGCUUUAUCACUUUACGCAAACAAUCUGUGACUAAGCUGGACCAGCUCCAGACCAACUACUACUCAGGAUCAGUGCUGUGACUGCCUGUUGGAUUCUCUGGCUUCCUUACAGACUCACUGGUGACAGUGCAAGUCUCGCCAUCUGACAGGGAAGGACACACUUUAACAGGGCCUGAUUGUCCACAGUAAAAUGGAACGUGGCCUCUAGGUUGUGAUCUCACAUGUGCACAAAGUGAUCGCCAGCUUUAGCCAAGUCUCCCAAGAUGCCACUGAAAUCGUCACUGUACCUGAAGUCGGCCACCGCACGCUGGCCGCGGAAACAGAAGCGCAGGGAGCCACUGUCCGUCAACAUGAUCAGCCUACCACUGGGUGACUUCCGCCACCUGUCCCACAUCGGGCUUGAUGCCCACGGUGAUGCUUUUGGGGAUCUCUCCUUCCUCAAGAGGGGCAACAGCUUGCCCCCGCGGGCCUCGUUCAGCGAGCAGGACCUCCGGCCCGGCGGAACCCCCCCGCCCCCGAAACCCCCCCGCCUCAUCCCCGAUGCCGUAGAUGUCCCGGGCCAGGACGUGGGACACCACGUUAACCAAAGGCACAAGAAGUGCCACUCCAUGCCUCUGCUGGACAGCGUGGAGGCAGACGAGCGGCUUGCAGUGGAGACACUCCCCAGCGUCACCUCCAGUGGGGACACAGGCCUUGCCCAGGACCCCCAGAGCCACCACGAGACCGAAGGAGCUGAGGACGACUGCCCCUUCUCCCUCAGCCUGGACCUAGGCCCCUCUAUCCUGGAUGACGUUCUGCAAGUGAUGGACAAACUCAGCCACUGACAACAUUAAUGUCCCUGCUCUUUAUUUAUCCUCGGUGGUGGGCUUCUCUCUGUCCUGCCAGGACACACCAGCAAUGGAGUGCAAUCCUCCUUUCCAAAAUCCCCUUACAGGGUAUGAACAGAACAUGAGCAUUUUGUUCCAGGAACACAACUGACAUUUUAUGAACUCAGACCUGGAUGCCCCCCUAGAUCCCAAUUUGAGCCACUACUGGCCAAGUCAGUGGACUGAUUUGAGACACUAUUGGUUGGAAGAGUGGAAUGAUGGCAGCUGCUAUUGGUAGCCUGACUGCAAUGGAAGCACAUCUUUUCUGUGUCCAAGGGGAAAGCCCCAAUGAGACAUGUCUCUCUUGAGAUGUGGGAUGUACCGUUGUGCUCUUCUGUGGUCACAAGACCGCCUGACAGCAGUCCUGGCGCUGUAGACUGUGGCAUACAUAGCAAGACAGAGGGUGGAAGGUUCAAUUAUGGAUAUGGGACUAUUGUCACACACUUUCUUUGAACUGUCUUUAACUCCUGCAGCAUUAGGUAGAUGACUAGAGACACGUGUUCCUAUGAUGCUGAUCUGUCAUUUAGAUUUGAAAGCAUAUGCAAUAUUCAUAUUAUGGACACCAGUGACGGCACUCUCACUGUUAACAGUAUGCAAAAACAUGUCAGAAUGUGGACUCCACGUCAUAGUAAUAUUUGCAAACCACAUGUGGUUUGUGACUUUCGUUACAUUUUAUAAGGAAGGGCUUAGAGCCCUGGGCUACACUAUUGGUUGAAUCUUUAUUGACACAGUUUAUGGUAACGA